AGUGGCGGUUAUAAUUGGAAUAAGGAAAACCACGUUCAAAAUAUCUAUCUUGGUUGGGUAAUUUAAGGAGCACGGAUCCCACUAAAAUCGGGUCACGCCGCUUUAUAGAUAUCCUUAAUCAAUGGAAAGCCUUGUAAGGAACAUCCAGUUUUAUGGGAGGUGGGAGCAUCACUUCCUGGACUCUAAUGAAGAGUUGUGAUGCGGAAGCGCACAACGCAGAAGCGUCUACGCAGAAUCACCGCCUUCUGCGGGGUAUAUAAGGCAGCAAGACGAAGGAGAAACCUGAGACACUCACUUCUUUCCAACAGACAACCUGCCCUUGAAAUCUCACCAUGUCUUGCCACAACUACUGCUCCGGAAGCUACCCCUUGGUGUCUCUCAGGAGUCCCUGUCACAUUCCCGCCUCCUCCUCCGUCGGCCUCUACUCUCCGAGUGUCAGCGUCGGAGAUGCUCUCUGCUUGCCCAGCAGCUGUCAGGACCGAACCUGGAUCCUGAGCAACGGCCAGGAGACCUGCAGUGAACCCACCAGCUGCCAGCCAGCCAACUGCGGGCCCAGCAGCUGUGAAACUUCCAGCUGCCCUUCCGGUUGCUAUGUGCCAAGACCCGGCCAAGGAACCAGCUGUCUUCCUGCUUCUUCUUACCUCUCUGGGUCCUGCCUCUCCGUGUCUUACAGGCCGCUGACCUACGCGGCCAGCAGCUGGCGACCCUCGAGCCUUCUCCCCUGCGGAUAUCGCCCCUCGGGUUCUCUGUCCUGUGGUCCUCAACCCAUCAGCAUUGUGUCCAGCGGCCUCAGACCUCUGCGCCCUGUCUUCAGUGGAUGCCAGACUCUGCCGUAUGUGUUCAGUCCUUACCGUCCAUCUUGCUCUACCUGCGGAGGCCUGUAGCUUCUUUAUUCCAGCCAAUAACGACGCUGAAGAUCCCAGACGAAAAUUCAAACUCCACCCGCUUCUGCUCCUUUCCUAGUAGUGACUGCUUUUUCUUGAUUUUUUCCUGGGCCUGAUCCAAUGAAAGCUGUUCCUUUCCCACUUUCAUCUUUUUUUCACCUCUCCUUAGCAUAAAAUUAUGAUUUGCAAUGCUCUUCAAUGUUGAUUGGGUGUGGGAAGGAUUUAUUUGGUUUGGAUUAUAAUAAAUGAGUUUAAGUCAAAACUAA